AAGUGAGUCGAUAACGACAGCAGUUGUCACCUCCUUUCCUGGAUCCUUUUGCGUUAGCUCCAUUGUAUCAGACAAGCAGUUGCCGCCGCCGCCGAUUUUCCCAGCUCGAUACCUACCCAGAAAACCUUCAAGAUGGUGAUGUACAAGACCGGGCAGACUGUUCGCUACAAGCCCGUGGGAGGGCCCGACUCGAACACAUCCGAGAGCGUGGGCAAAAUCAUGGACGUCUUGACCGAGCCCGGCCAGCAAGCCGGCCGCAACGUUAAUGCCAGCCCAGAGACCCCGAGAUAUGAGAUCCAGAACUUGAACACUGGCAAGUCGACCACCAUUUACGAGGCCAACAUCAUGGGGAUCUCGCGUUAGAAAUAACCCAAAACAUGGGGAUCAUGUAUAAUAAGAUUAUGUGUGAAAUCAAUUGUGCUUGGGUCUUCA